GGCAGUUGUCGUCUGGUAAACGGCGUUGUGGGCGUGUGUGUUCCGAGUGCUAGCGCUGGCGCGUAGCACUCCCGAGUGUUGUUGACCGAUUUCUACUCCCUCAGUUUCCCCGUACCUCGCGUAGAAUUUAUCAUCAAAACUUUCGUCAAUCUACACUUCUUGUGCUCACAAUACCAUACUGUGCGUGCCAAAGGGACGUGAAGAACUGCUGCAUUUACGCUUAUUUGCGCAAUGAUCAGGGCUCAAGGUUGACUGCGCCAAGCAUCAGACCAUCCGAAGAGGUGCGGAGAAACUCGUCCAAGUGCCAAACGAUGCACAAGUGAGCUACCGUCCGUGUGUUCCUCCCCGCGGGCGGGGGACCGCGGCAUCCGGGUCACCACGACGUCGUCCGCGCGUGAUCCCGUCGUCAGCAUGUGGGCGCAGGUGCAGCUGUCCAGCGUGACCGCCCCCGGUGGUGAUGCCGCCAACGGCGACGGCUCGACGGCAACCGACGCCGGCACCAAGGAGUCGCCCGCGCCCAGCUCGCGCUCUAAGCACGCCAUGUGCAUCUCGCAGGACGGCUGCUUCUACCUGCUCGCCGGUCGCUCGGCAAACCUGCCACUUAAGGACCUCUGGAGGUUCGACCCGGUGCAAAGCCGCUGGGAGGAGGUUCGUUGCCGGGGAAGCCGACCUCCCUGUCUGCAGGAGCACACUGUCGUCUCCUGGAAGGGUAAGCUGUACGUGUUCGGCGGUGAAGUUGGCUUCGCGUCGACAGGCGAAACGCCGCUCUGGAUAUUCGACACAGGUAGCAGCACGUGGCGGAAGCACUCGGGAGGCGGCGAGCGCCAGCGCCCCACCGGCCGCAGAGGCCACACGAGCGUUGUGUACAACGGCGCCAUGCACGUGUUCGGCGGAUACCAGGACUUGCGAGGAUCCUCGUCCCAGUUGUGGGCCUUCCGAUUCGAUACGGAGCAGUGGGAGCUGACGUGCGGCGAAGGCGGCGUUGGCGACCAUCCCCCGGCGAGGCAUAACCAUUCGUGCGUGGUGCACCAGGGCGCCAUGUGGAUUUACGGCGGACUCACGGAUCUACACGAACGGGCCGACUUCUGGACGUACCACUUCGACACAGGUCGCUGGAGCCGGAUUCGACAACCGAAGGGCGCUCCCACCGAGCUACACGGGCACGCUGCGGUACAAGCCCAAGGCUUCAUGUACCUCUUCGGCGGAGAACGGGCGGGCGCUGCCAACAACGACCUAUGGAGGUUUCACUUUGCGAGCGAGACGUGGGAGAAGGUGGCGGUGGAAGGCACCGUGCCUACGCCCCGGUGUCGCCACGUGGCCCUGGUCAACCCGGGACUGGCCACGUGGGCCGACCGCGUGUCCGCCGCCAAGGAGGACGAGGAGAGUGGCACGGCGCUGCACCAGCACCGGCCGCGCCACGGCAGGGCCGCCUCGCUGCGCUUCAAGGUGCACCCGGUGUCCCGGCUGUGCAGCAAGAGCACGGGCUCCCAGGACGACGACGAGGACGACGACGUCGGCUGCGCGUACGGAGGAUGCGGAGCCCAGGUCAAUCUCAGGUCCCUGAAGGAGAAGCUAUCCAGCAGCCGGCUGGUGCGCAGCAUCUCCAGUGGCAACUACUCGGUGAGCAGCGCCGUGCGCCGAGACGAGACCGAGAAGCUGCUCGAAGGAGCAGACCCGGCGUCCGGCGUGCCCACGCCGCAGGCCAUCCAGAAGUCGGCGAGCACCGACGCCGUUCUCGAGGCUUCCGACAGCAGCGGGGAGUCGACGCCCCAGCACCAGCGCAAGCGGCAGCUGAGCGUGCGCGUGCGGCCCCUGUCGGAGAUACUGCCGCGAAACAGGGACUGCUCGGUGCCCGUGCCGCCCGGAAUGCUCAGCCCGCCGCCACAGGGUGGCAGGUCCCGACGCAUCACCAGUUCGCAGAGCUUGAAUACCUUCAACGUGUCUUCCUCGGCGGCGGCCCCUGCACGGUCCGGUGCCAGCUGCUGCUGCACGCCCACCGCGACCACCGGAGGGGGCAGCGACCAGCAGCACACGCCCUGCGAGAACGCUACCGACCCGCGUGCGGACCUGCUCAUCGACCUCGACCAGAGCAACGUCAGGUACCGUGUGGGCGGACCCCGACGCUCGACGAGCAGCUACACGUGGUUCUCGGACGCGAGCAGUUCGGGUGUGCCGGCCAGCUCGCCUCUGCAAUUGUCGCACAGUGCGUCUCACUGCUCGGGCUACUACUCGUUCGCCGAGGACGACCCGGAGCUGCAGCGCGACAUCAUGAACUUCCUGACGGGACACGGACCAAGGUCGCGGCCCUCGUCGCUCAACUCCGCCACGGCCGCCGCCAUCGAGCUGAGCACGUUCAGCGCAGCCGCCCAGCCGGGCAUACAGGUGGUGAAGGAGCGCGCGCGCUCCUGGGACCGCGUGUCGCAGCGCACGCCCACCGUGUGCAGCCAGGCGGCCGUAGUGGUGUCCAAGCGGGCGCCCAUCCAGGCCAUCAAGGAGGAGAGCUGCCAGAGCACGCCCGUGCGCCUGCGCAGUGCCACCGGCCGAGCGGGACACGGCAGCCCGCCCGGAGGGCGCACGGAGCUUCACCAGUGGCGACUCUGCUUUUACGUGUUUGGAGGCCGAGAGCAGGGAGCCCCGGGACUCUACCGGCAGCCCAUCUCCAUCUGGAAGCUCUACGUCUGAGGAAGCCACGAUAGCCCCCGAAUCCAGCGCCGCACUAUUCUUCGUGUGGCACUAUUCUUCGUAACGUCCGUCGGCCACUGAGAAGCUAUAAGCAGCUGCGUGCUCUUUUGCCCGCAACGGGGGAACCCAGCCUUCUACAGUGGAGUUGGUCUUGCCGACCCUAAAACGAAACCGAGAAUAGAGUUAGGCUCCGAUGACUGUCGCAGUGCGGGCGUUAAAGAAUGGACGCGAUGACAGGGGAAAUUAGUCAAUUCGGUGCCGAGCGAUUUCGUAGCGCCUUGGCGUGCAGUUUUGCCUGCUGGCACCUUUCGGUAAAUGUACAGUACUCGCGGAUUGAAACGCGAAAUCGAGUUUCUUUAGUUUAAUAACUUAUAUAAGCAAUUGCUCGUGGUAACUGGGUCUUGUCACUGUAAAUCUGGCUGCUAAAGAUAUUUUUGGCUCUGACGUAAGUGUUCGAAUCAAAAUUAUGCCGAUAUUGAACGAACUGUAGAUGCUGGAAACUUAAGUGCGUGCGUUACGUAGCUCUAAAUUUCCGCGUUUCAAUCCGUGAGUGCUGUACACUUGUGGGUCUGUUGUUGACCUCGUAGCCCUUUCAGCGCAUUUACUGGUCUACUCGUGUAGUACCGAUAGUGAACGCAGUGCGUCCAGGUUUAGACGAACGUUAUUGGUACGAAGCUGCGGCGUCGAACGAGUGUACGACUUCUGCGGUUUUUUCGACGAUGUCACGGAUGCGUAUGUGCAACCUUACGCAUUCCUAUUUUUGUUGUAUCAUUCUGUUCAGGAGAAGCAGUGUCAUUUCCCGCAAGAAUGUCUGGAAAAUGGUCUGGCUCGAAUACGAGCGCUGAAAAACCAUCCAAAUACAGCUUUAAUGUUGUGUGAAUAGGGAAAUUCCAGGAAUCCUGUUUUCCUUUUCCUUUCUUUUUUUGCAACUGUUGUUAGGCAUAGGAUGUAGUGCUAAAAAGAGAACUUUUCCAUUUGCUCGCGGAGGAAAAGAAACCCAAAAUUUUUCGUACAUUCUAAUGCGUGAAACAGUUUGCUCUCUUUGACGUUUUUGCUCGAGUGUCUAGCUUGGAAAAUUCUAAUUCUGCUAAACGCCCAGGGUGGAUACUGGGCACUAGGAAACUGCGCGAAAAUAUGGGAACGUGUCAGACACUCGGCAAUUAUUUCACUUGCAUACUUGUCUUCAUCAUUCAGCCGUUCGCAGACUCUGCCCACUUGCGGCAGUCAAAAUAUAAUUUUUUAAAAGUCUUUCUUGCUGCAUGCAAUGUCCGUUUAACGUUUAAACGCACAAGUGGUGUGACGUAGUUGCUCGACUUUGUCUUCCAAGUCUCUCCUCAGAAUGUCUUCCUCCUUAUUUCUGUUCCUCUGCACUUCAGUACUGCAAAAUUACAUCUCGCUUCGAACGCGCAAUCUACACAUGCUUGAGAUUAAGUGUCAUUUCUGCGAUCACAGGUACGGUUUCAUUAGCUUUUCUGGUCGUUGCCAUAUUGCAGUCUUGGCUUUUUGUAAGAGUGCUUUGCAGCUGUAUCCUUCUUAGUCACAGCAUGGCAACUUUUGAAAAAAAAAAAUAAUCCAGACAAACAGCUUCAGAAUGAUUUGGUAAUCAAAUGUUUGGCUUUACGAUGGCAAUGGUUAUGUCUUUCUUACUCUCUAUCACCUUUUGGAGGUGUAUUCUUCUAUCGACUUGCACGUCAGUGUCAUGGCCUCCGAACGCAUUACAUAAUUGCAAUGACCUCAUACAUACAGAUGUCGAAGGCAAAUUCCACUCGUAAUGUCAUCUCAAAACGAAAAACAAAUCAUCAUUCUGGAAAUAAUGAUCUCAGUUCUUGUUUCAACGAACAUUUUGUCUAGCUUCUUUCUAUUGGUUGUGGCGUUAUAACCAAUUUGUUUAUGAAGUGUUGAAUCUCAAAAGUCGAGCUGUCAAGACUGAAGGUGUGGCAUUUGUCUUGAGAAGCUUUUGCGUAACGUGCAAUAUAAAACAACAGGUACAACGAACACAAACGCGCCUUGUCUGAAAAGGAAAGAUGUAUCGUGUUUAGCCUCGAAUGCCGAGUUGCCAUUGAAGUACAAUAUUGCAUUUUUACUCAAAGAAUUGACAUUGCGCUGAUUUGUGUGUUUAGUUUGCCAGAGAACUGGCACUGCCAUCUCCUUGUUUGUGCAUCUCUCUGAUCUCGCGUCGAUGGUGACUCCCUUAAUUGUAGAUCCAACUACGGUCUCCUAGACCGUUAGCAUGAGUGUACCAGUUGCUCGAGUGUUUCGAACGUCUCGAAUGUUUUGUAGAGACCAACGCCUGCAAUCCUGCAUUGCGGAUUACCAUGUCAUUGCAAUUGACUCAGGCUGCUGCCUUUUUGCAUGCGUAAAUGGUGAUACCUUAUCGUUUUAUUCUCAUAGGAUCGAAGCAAAAGUCGAAGAGUAUUUAUUAGGGGGGAUGCGGAUAGUGUAUUUUGGAACCAAAUCGAAUACGAAUCGAAUAGUAAUGAUGCCAAAUCGAAUACAAAUACUAAUCGAAUAUGCUUCGAAUAGUUUUCAAAUGGUAAGACAACCAUUUCCAAAACAGUCUUAGAGCUCCACAACAUUUUAUUUGAAUUAAAUAUUCACAGGCUUUCACCAAAGAACAUUACGGUUAUUUUUAACCGACUCAAAAUACCACAACGAUGAAAACUGAGCUAAGCUCGUAUACAGCAGUGACCACAGCCUUCGAAAUAUUUUGUACCUGCAGGUACAGCGGUGACUACAGUAAUCAAGGUGAUACUCGGUCGCCUGCUUUUAAAUAAAAUUGAGACAUAAAAACUAAACAAUUUUGAAGCGAACACCACGAAUACAGCCAAAGAUGUAAUGAAACGGACAAACCUAUCAUCACAGCAUGGACCUCGGCACCGAAAGCAUGUAAACAGUGUUGAAAGCUGAAAAGCAAUUUGCGCAAGCACAACACUUGCGUUUGUUAUUCGUGAAGCUGAAUGCAGCCGCAAUCCCCACCUUCAGUUGUUGCUAGAUGAUGACAGGAACUGAUUAAUGUGAUGUAGCUGCAGCAUAGUAAAAACCGAGUAAGAGUGGAGUUUGCAGAAAAAUCACCUUCAUCUGGUAAUAAAUAUAGUGUCGAUGGUCACAUAAAAGCUUGAGCUGCAUGCACAUUGGUAAUUUAGUGAUUAAAGGUACAAAUAUUACCUUUAGCUGUUGAAAAGUUUCAUUGUUUUGGGGUUCUCCCAUCGGUGCUGAUUAUUCGGAAACUCUUCGAAAAGUAUUUGACAUUUCGAAUAUGUACUAUUCGAAUGCUAUUCGAUAUGUUAUUCGAAAUUUUCGAAUAUUCACACACCCCUAGUAUUUAUGUGAAAUGCGAAUGUUGACACUACUUUCAGCUCCUGCUGUCUAAAGAAAAGAAAUGGUAUUUUUGUUAUUGUACACUGAUAAGAGCAUAUAAGAAUAAUAUUCAGACACUUUCACUUAUACAAAUGCAAGAAAUGUUCCUAAUUUUUAAAGGUUUUUAUCAUUUUUCUAUAUUUUUACUUUUUGAUGUCUUAUGUUGUUGUGUAUAUUCUAUGACCCCUCCUUUACCGACCACGCAGUGGCGUGCGAUACUGUUAAAACCUUAGUUGGAGGCAGCCUCCAACUAAGACGUACCUCUUUGAGGGUUUUAUUUUUCUUGUGAGUGUCCAUCUGAACUGAAGCCAGGAGGGGAGAUGCCACCAUCUAAAAUCUGUGUUAAUCUGUAUUAAAACUGCCUUUAUCAUUUGGAGGUUAAAAACAGGGUUAUUUAUUUUGAAUCCAUGUUACGCGGUACACACUAUCACAUUCUUUGUUAACCCAACCGAGUUUGAACCAUUUGUCCAACUGCGAGACCUGUACAGAUUGAAAGCUUCGUCUAAUCUAUGUCUAAGAUUAUGUCAUCUAGGUUCUUGCUGUGCAACACGUUCAUUUUUAAUCUGAUUGCACAACAGGAAAUGUGUUUUCACAAUGGAAUACCAGAUAUAUUUUUAAAAAUAUUCUCGUUAGCUCUCUUUUUCUAAGAUGUCUGUAACAAGUGUGGUGAAACAUGAAUUGUGUUUUAGUCAGUAGUGUCAAUACGUAUAUAAUUAUUCUGAGGGGAUGUGUAAGUUUUUGUUCCCAAUGCUAGCUUUAUGAAGAUGAACCACCAAGGACAUAAACUUUUGCACCCUCUCGGCCAUGACUUCAUGACAAAAAUUAUCAAAAAUAUUCCAUUGGGGUCUCCAAAUAUUUUGUAACAAAUUCAAUGUGAUAUUUAUUAAUACCCUGACUUUCUCGAAGAAACACUGACUUGCUGAACUUUUACCUCUGUCAUUCGUGGACAUUGUGGUUUCUUUUGGAUCUACCUUUAAUAUUUCUACCUUUCUUUUUAACUUUUGCGUGCGGUGUUAAAGCACAAGAGCAACAUCACAAAAACAAUGUGCCAAUGU